UGAUAAUUAUUACGAAAAUCACCGUUCAAGAUGUCUGCUGAAGAUGAAAAUCCGGAAUUAAAUGAUGAAGAAUCAUCAAAUAAAGCAAAGAAAUCAGCAAAAUAUGAUUCUGGAGCUGCUGAUUUAGAAAAAGUUACUGAUUAUGUAGAGGAAGCUGAAAUUUCCCCACAAAAUAUUGGAGAGGCUAUUAGGGUAGCUAACGAUGAAAACAAUGCAAAGAAUGUAGCUAAGAAAGAAAAAGAGAAAGAAUUGUCCAAGGUGAAGAUAACUAAAGAAGAUGUGGAUCUUAUUGUACACGAGAUGGAGAUCCCGCGGACAUUGGCAGAAAGAAAAUUACGUGAACAUAAAGGCAAUAUAGUGGAAGCUCUUGUAGCAUUGACAAACUGAAUAUAAUUGAAAUUUGUGAAAGACAAUAGUGACAAAACAAUCAACAUUAAGUGAUUGAAUGCUUGUGAUUUCAUUCUAUAAUUUAUAAGAAAAGAGAAUGAAAUAAAAGAAAGUAUCUAUUUUUAGAAAAAGUCAAGUAGCAAUGUAAAAAAAUGACCUUUAUCUAUCUUAAUUAUGAUUGCAGGUUGUUAGUACAUAAAAAUUUUGUUAUUGUCUCGAUGCUGGUGUUAGUCUUGCUUGUACGACCAUGAAAGAACCAGAUUAGCAUGCACAUCUGUGCCAAUGGAUACUCAAUGUUUAAGUUUUAAAGUUUCUGUAACAUCUAUUGCAAGUCUAUUUUAAGCUUGACUGUAAAAAUAGGGAGAACUAUUGUACUUUAGUGUCUCCAUCACAUUAAGUUUUUGUGUGCAAGUUAUUAUCUCAAAAAACUAUUGCAUGUAUUGGGGUAAAACUGCAUUUUCUAACAUGAUGCUCACAGGUCCUGUAACUGAGCUACCUUUUUACAGAGUUAUGUACCUUUUCUUAUUGUCUAAUACUGAGGAUAGUUGAACACACUGUCUUAUUGUUAAAUUGGGUUUUAGUUGAGUCUCCAUGUUAUAAAAUGUAAUUUGUUAUAGACAAAAUGAGAAAAGGUAGAACAUAAAAACAGUUCUAUUUAUAUUACCCUGGUGUUAUAUAGUUUCAAAAAGACUAUUGUUUAUAGGAGUUAGGGUAUUAAAUGGUAUCUUGUUAUAAUUUUGUAUAAUGUUCUUUUCCACUUUCUGUUGCCUUUAUUAAAAUGGAAUGGUCAGUUUGUACAUAACCAUUUUCAUUUUGUUGAAAAUAGAAUUACCAUGCACUAAAGAUACGCAGUUCCAUUAAGAAUUGGAAAUAUUUUGUCACAUAAAUGAAUGGAUGCCUCAAAGAGGAAAUGAAAUUUAAAUCUGAAGGCAUGUGUAUAGUAUUGCAUAGUCAAAGUGAGCUGAAAUUCACAGGUAUUGUAAAGUCUAAGACCAGGCCAUUUUCUUGAGAGGUUAAUUACAAAUCACUUGAACAAUAAGCGUAACAAUAUAAUGUGAUGACACCAGAAUAAUUUAAAUCAAUUUCUGUUAAGAAGAUACAGAAAUAUUUUGAACUUUAUUCAGGAGACAUUGUCAUUUGGUUUAUUGAUGUCAUAUUUGAUAUGUCAUAAACUCGUAAUUCAUUUUAUACAUAUAGCAUCCUGUAUCUGUGGUUUAUUUUCCACACUUAAAACAUACAAGUCUUUAUUUAAUAGAGGGAAGUAGCUGAGAAUAUGUUUACAUUUUGAUCCAAUGUGCAUUAUAAAAAUAGAAAAUUGUAGGUUUUGUAUGGACAUAAACAAAAGUGGCACAGUUCAAAAUGUUUAGUUCUACUAAAGUCUUUCUUCAGAUUUUCAGCUACAAAAUUGUGUUAAAAUAAAAAGAAAAAAUAUAUUUAUUUGCAAUAAAAACUUCUUUUAGCAUAUU